CACCCUUUGCAGAGGUUCCAGGACGUGCACACAACUCACUUGUGAUUCUUGUUUCCUCCCACAGCAACCCUCCACUGAGCGAGGAGAUGCUGCCUCCCGGGGAAUGGAUGUGCCACCGCUGCACCGUGCGCCGGAAGAAGAGGGAACAGAAGAAGGAACUCGGCCACAUGAACGGCUUGGUCGACAAAUCCGGCAAGAGGACUUCGUCUCCCACCAGCGACGCCGACUACUUGGACCGGGCGGGCGGCGGGAGCCUCCGGACCCUUCCCCACGCCCGGCUCCUGGAGCGCAGGGCGAGCCGGCCCGGCACCCCGACCUCCAACACCAGCACCGACACCCCCAACUCCUCGGAGCAGAACGACGUGGACGAGGACAUCAUCGACGUGGACGAGGACUCGGGCACCGGGGCGGAAGCCGAGGGUGGGCAACCUCACCUCAAGCGGCCCUUCGAGCUGCUCAUCGCGGCCGCCAUGGAGAGGAACCCCACCCAGUUCCAGCUGCCCAAUGAGCUCACCUGCACUACAGCCCUGCCAGGUACUAGUAAGCGGAGAAGAAAGGAAGAGACCUCCGGGAAGAAUGUCAAGAAAGCACAGCAUGAGCUGGACCACAAUGGCUUGGUCCCCCUGCCGGUGAAAGUCUGCUUCACCUGCAGCAGGAGUUGCCGCGUGGCCCCUCUGAUCCAGUGCGACUACUGCCCGCUCCUCUUUCACAUGGACUGCCUGGAGCCCCCCCUCACGGCCAUGCCGCUGGGCCGGUGGAUGUGCCCCAAUCACAUCGAGCACGUGGUGCUGAACCAGAAGAACAUGACGCUGAGCAACCGGUGCCAGGUGUUCGACCGCUUCCAGGACACCAUCUCGCAGCACGCGGUGAAGGUGGAUUUCUUGAACCGGAUCCACAAGAAGCACCCGCCCAACCGCCGAGUGGUCCAGUCGGGGAAGAGGAAGGGCCUGAAGGUCCCGGAGGCCAUCAAGUCCCAGUAUCGGAUCCCACCAGCAUUAAUGGCGCCCGCGGCCAUCCGGGACGGGGAGCUGAUUUGCAACGGCUUCUCCGAGGAGUCUCUGCAGAAGACCGCCAGCAGCCCUUCCCAGCACUUAGCCGCCCAGUCGGAACAGCAAGAGUGGCUGUGCAGCAUCGUGGCCCUGCAGUGCAGCAUCCUCAAACACUUAUCGGCCAAGCAGGCCCCUUUUUCCUGGGACUCGGAGCAGGUGGAGAAAGGAGACGUCAAGCCGGUGUUGGCAGCCGAUGGCUCCCUCGCCAGUCCGUACCAAGCGACGGACAAGCCCAGCGCCCCCCUUCCCAGUUGCACCGGGGGGCUCGCCCCUCAGAACUCCUUGCAGGACGAGAGCCCGUACCCCUCCUCCGCGGACCGGCCCAAGAAACCCUCCCCCUGCGGGACGUCGAACGGCCUCGGCGCCACCGCCGAGGUGAAGAUCAACGGCCCCAGCUUCUACGGCGAAGCCUCCGCGCCCGCCUCGCCCAGGCUGAGUGGGCAGGGCGGGUCCUUGUCGCACCGGCAGCAGCCCUGGCCGAGACCCACCACUCCUCCGGCAGCUUGCGGGCUCCUCAACCACGUGGCUGGCGCCGUCGUGAAAACGGAGAACGCUGCGGGACCCGUCUCGUGCCCCCACAAGGUCGCCGUGCCCGUCGCCACCCUGCUGGCCUCCCUCCCCAGUUCUUGCUUCAGCCUGGAAGCUGCCACAGCGUGGCCACAGAAGAACACUCAGGCGCCGAUCGGGCCUCUGCUAGCUACAGAUCUGGGCGCAGCGGACUCUCCCGUCUCGGCCACAUGGGCACUCACUCCUCACCCAGCGGCUGUCGGGGAGGGGGGCUCUGCCGUGGCCCCUGCCCAUGGUUUUUGUUCGUCAGCCCCACCUCCAGGUGAGCACAGAGGGAGGGGGGAACUCUGGGCUUUUGCCCAAAG